AUGCAACAUAUGUUUGAUGAUGACAAUGAUGAAUUAUAUAAAUUAUAUGCACCGCCGUUAUCCAAAAUUUACCGGCCAACAUUAUUUAUACGUAAAAAUGAUGCACUCGGAUCAUUUAAUCAUUAUUAUCUAUUGAAUUUGUCUGAUAUUGAGUAUGAAUGUCCAAAUAAAGUUGAAUUUCCUAAUGUGUGGAAAACAACAGAUGAUACAAAUGUUAUUAUUACUGUAAUUCAACCUGGUUCUGCACGCACUGAUACUAUCCUAUCGACAACAGAAGUAAAUGGGAAUAUAAUUGACUAUGAUACAACGACAUUAAUUGGAGUGUUACGUGCUAUAUGUCGAGAAAAUAAAUAUAAUGAAGAAGAUGCAAACACAUAG